AUGUCGACGUCGUCACCAUGGCUCUCCACAUCAUCUGCGGAUCCUAGCCCCAACGCAGUCGCUGCAAACGACGAUUUCGAUCCUUGGGCGACGCCUACCAACUCGGGGUUCCUUCACCCUUCCACUUCUUCGCAGCGGCCACAGGUGCGCAGCCGCAGGUCAUCGCCCUCAUUCGCCACCGAAGCACAGGUGGUAGAUCGACAUCCCUUGCGGUCUCCUUCUCCAUCGCAAGCAAUUGCUGGCCCGUCCAACUCGAAUCGUCCCGGUGCAGCUCCACGAAGACCUUCAGCAGUAGCCUCCGAAUGGAAGGCUAUCGGUGCCGGCCUCGCUGGUCUCUUCGGAGGCUCAGAGCCCAACGCGAGCUCUUCCAGCUACCGAUGGCCUGCCGAUCCAGCGUCUUCCCAUCCUUCGAUACGUUCCUCUCGACGAUCAGCUUUUCCCGCUUCUGAGGACAAUGGCAAGUACAGCGACGACCCGAACAAGGGCCGUCCUUAUGACCCCGUCGAAAGCACGCUCGUCCGCCUGGAGGAUUGGUUCGGACUCAAAGACCAGCAGCAACAGCACCAGCAGCAGCCGCCUUCAUCUUCUUCGAAGCCCUCGACGACUGCGCGAUCACAGCGUCAGUCCACCAGCACCACAGCCACUUCGAGCGAUGCAGAUCAAGUGCGAGUCCUCAUUCAUCCAGUCGCCCCCACUGACACACUGCACUCCUUGGCGCUCCACUACGGAGCAGACAUCCAGGUGCUGCGCAAAUCCAACAAGCUCUGGCCUGCGGAUCCAGUCCAGAUUCGCAAAGUCAUCUACGUCCCAGUCGACAGCUGCAAGCAUCGUCCGCCAAACGCAGAGAUCCGAAUCGUCAACAGUAGAGGAGGCGUCGUCUCGUCCGAUGAUUCUGCAGCCGGACCGAACACGCUCGUCUUUGUGCCUCGCGCAGAAGAGGAGGAUUUUCUCACCGGCACUCCGUACGCAGAGAUAGCGCAGCCCAACCUCAUGGCCGACAGCCUAGCUGCCAUGCGUGUCUCUGAUCCGGUCAGCGACUUCAUGCCUGACACCAACAAAGCGUACAUCGACUCAGCGGCACCUGCUUUUGGCACAUCACUCACACCCGCCGGCGCUCUCAGUCCCAGCAAGCAGCCGUAUCCGGCCAGUCUCACGCCCGCGCUUCGCAAUCUCGGUCAGCAAAACACUGCUUCCAGUCACAGCGGCAGAAGGGCUGCUAGCAGUAUCGGCGGAGGCUCCAACACGCCCAGCAUCGCAGCAUCUGCUUCGGCAGCUAGCUCAGGAUUCGUCCCACCACGACAGCCACUCCACGUCGCCAAAGUGCCCGCCGAUCAGCUCAAGUUCUUCGCCAGCGACGCGAAAACUUCAGCCUCUGGUAGCCUCAAACCAGGUCCCGGCGACAUUGGCUAUCAGCCUGGCGAAAGUGGCAUCGACGACUUGUUAGCUAUGGCAGCCCAGCCCGAACAACACCAGAACGGUCUCACGCCUGCUGCCAGCAGCAACGCAGCUCGCCCAGAUCUGAGCCGUUCGACGUCGAUUGGCACCUUUUCGGCUUUUGACGACGACGAAGAAGACUGGAAGCCCAACACCUGGCAUUUCGGUAGCGCUGCCAACCAGCCCAAGCGCAAGCCAAGUCAUCGAAGUCGAGCCACCGCCUUCGAGAGCAGCAACACUACGCCCACAUCUUCUUCGACGAGCCAGUACCAGGGCUGGAACGACGCACCACCACCCGACGCCAUCGUCGCCAGAGCAUACGAUGGAGGCAAAGCAUAUCGCAAAAGACAGGCCCAGAGGUCGCAUCCUUUGCUGUACGAUCUCGCCGCUGGCUUGCCCGCUAAUCCUGGUGCAGCCAGCAAGUGGGCCAGACCGAUUCAGUUUGGCGACUCGCUGCCCGGCGGUCCUCCCGGCGUGGCCAAUGGAAGCAGCGCAGCAUCCAGCAGCAGGAAAAGCGCUGCCAAUGGUGGAUUUGGCAAAUUAAUCGACGACACGAUUCGCGGUAGGAUCAGCGUCGAAGCUGCUCUCGGAGGUGCCUUCGGCGGCAGCAGCGGUGGUGCCAAGGCCAUCUUGCCAAGAGCUUCGAACCUCGGCCCGCCACCACGCACGCAACCUCGAUCGCACCCAAGUCCAGCCGUGCGCACACUCCCGCCCCCGCCGCCAUCGCACGCCGCAUCAGCCCAUCUCUUUGGCCCGCUUUCAUCGCAAGCCAGCACGAUAAACCCUCAGCCAAAGGCACUCGAGCACGAUAGAAGGAUCGACUGGGCCAAGGGAAAGGAUGAUUAG